AUGGAAUUUACUCUGACUUCCGCUCUUCUGAUGGCCGGCGUGGCCUCGGCCCGGAUGUCUUCUUCGGCCUCGCCCUCGUCUGUCCCGGCGACCUACACUCCAAUUACUUCCUCCGUCGCCAUUCCCUCCUUUACGAUUCCUCCCAGCUCUGUUCUCGAGAGUCGUGUGUCCGCUAUCCCUUCCUCUUCUUACUCUGCUAUCGCGGCUGCCGACUCUUCCGCCGCUGCUAGUGCUGUGAACACUGACGAUUACGAUUGUGUCUAUCGUGGCUGGGGCUGCGACUGGAUCAAGUCCGAGUACGGCUACGGCUCCGACUACUGCGGUUCCUCUCCUUAUAAGGCUGGUCAGCAGCUGUCGGACGGCAACCAGAUCGUUGCUGUCUCCUCGGACGGUUCAGGCGACUGCGCUUCCAAGGCUGGAGACAAGUGCUGCAAGGUCCUUGCGGACUCGCCCUGCAAGCGUGGCCAGAAGUACCUUGAGUGCACUAAGCCUUAA